AUGCUCGACAAGGCCGCCGAUCUCGACAAGGUCAAGGCCGAGAUCAACGCCGACCCAGAAAAAUGCACGUUCGGAAGUCGAUCGAACGAGUCGAAGGAGGCCAGCAAACCCACCAACAAAGAUGUCUUCUUUACGUUGUACAAUGGAGCUUAUCAUGAACUUCACCUGCCCCCUGAGGGUGUGGUUCGCUUUGGCAAAGCUCUACGCGACUAUCGCAAUGGUGUCCCUUAUUCCUACAUCACCAAAGGUCUCCUGCAGACAUUCAGCUCUGGAAGUCCCACCUAUCAAGAGUCUGAGGUAUUCUGGAUGAGACUCGAAGAUGUUCCCGCUGGUGAAGAAAUCACGCAGCAAAACACCUCCCUGGAACGAAUCCGUGGUGACUUCAACCAACCUGUCGACGUCUGUGGCAACUGCGGAGCCGGACAACUGUACUGUGCCAAGACCUGUCAAAAGGCGCACACUCCCGAACACUCAUGUGUGUGUCCCGGCUUCACAAAGGCGCAAAACAAACAGCCUCAAGAUGCAUGCGGCAAUUGCGGUGCAAAGCAGACCAAGGAUGGAACUGCUCUGAAGCGCUGUGGCCGUUGCAAGGGCAGAAACUACUGCUCUGUUGAGUGUCAGAAGGAGCACUAUCCUAUGCAUACUCCAAAGUGCAAAGCGACCGUUGCAGAGGCCAAGGGCAAGCAGGAAGGUGGUGGUCGUGUCAAGGGCUUGAAUGUCCUCGAGACUUGGCGAUAG